CACACACACACCGACCGACUAAUAUGAUUGACCAUUAAAACGGACAGUCAGGUCAUUAUAACAACAAUAACAACAACAGUCGGUUUGAGGACAAUACCGACCGACCAUUUGGUUGAUGACACCUAUUGUCUAUCAAUUGAUAUAUAUGAUAAAUGGAUAUCAAAUGAUUAGAAGAAAAAAGGAUAAUAACUACUAAUCUAUUAUAAUAUUAUCAAAAAAAACUGAAGUCAUAAAACAAAACAAAAAAGUUAAGACAUAUUUAUUAUAUACUCAACAAAAUAACUACUCAUAACUACUCAACUAAAAAAAAGAUGAAUCGCAGUCACAAUAUCGGUGACAAUCGUGUUGUCGAUGGCGUCGAUCGCCAUAUAGUGGAUGUGAAUACUACCGCUGCCGCCACGGCUGCCGUCGGAGUCCCGACCACUGCUACUGUUGCUGCCAUCGACACCGUUAUGCCAAAUAAUAACUCUAUGUCCAUAGAGUAUCCCCGAUCGAUGACAAUGGCACUGUCGUCGACAGCGGCCGCCAACCCAAGUACUCUAAGCCAUCGUAUUCGUGGCCAUAAACGAACAAAAAGUGCCGGUAAUAAUAGUCUUCGCAACGAGUCGUCGUCUUUAUACACGGCUACCGGCCUCUAUGCUCACCAUCGAAGAAACCGAUCAAAUGAUUUCCGAUUAAACCAUUCAUCGACUAAUAUUCCUGUCAAGACUUACUCUGAACUUAAUAUUUAUCAUCUGUUGGCCUCCAAUCGCAUUCGCACUGAUGUCGACAACAAUAUAUUGGGAUCUCCUGUUGCCGUCGAUCAACAAAUUGCUACACAAUCAGAUGAACAGUCAGCCGAUUGCGGUUUUAUGUUUUUCCGUCCAACAUGUCUGCAAAGAUUUGCCACAAUUCAGGCUUUUGUCUUCUUUUGUUGCGUUUUGGUUACACUACAGCAAGCAUUGUCUUCGGGAUACUUCAAUAGUGUCAUAACUACUAUCGAAAAACGGUUUGACUUUCCAAGUAGUGUUACCGGUGCUAUAGUCAGUACAUUUGAAUUGGGAAAUCUGCUGACAAUCAUAUUUGUUAGCUAUUUUGGCACUUAUAGACACAUUCCUCAAUGGAUUGGUAAAGGCAUACUUAUCACUGGUAUUGGUUCAAUUGUGUUUGCCAUACCACACUUCAUGCAUAUACACAAUCCAUUGGAUAAUGUUAACGUAUCUGGUCCAUUAUCUGACAAUACAUGUCGUAUCCCAACACCAGUUUUAAGUUCAACAGUACUUCAAAAAGCAAGUCAUUUUAUAAAUCCUGUUCCACCCAAUGGCGAUCCCACUUGUGCUGAGGACGCCACUUAUAAUGCACCGCAUAUCAUAAUAUUUAUGUUGGCCAUGAUUUUAAUUGGCUGCGGCGGUACUCCGAUAUUUACAUUGGGCACUACUUAUAUUGACGAUCACGUCAAAAAAGAGAGCUCAUCCAUGUAUAUAGGCUGUAUGUACUCAAUGGUGGCAUUUGGUUUGGUUUGCGGUUUUCUUUUGGGCGGUUUUUUCAUCGGUGUUCACGAAAAUUCUUUCGGUUCGGGUUCAGUGCCAAUUGAUAUUUAUCCGGGUCAUCCCAAAUGGAUCGGUGCAUGGUGGGCCGGGUUUAUUAUGCUUGGCAUACUACUCAUUUUGAUAUCGAUACCAUUUUUUGCAUUUCCAAAAAGUCUGAAACCAAAGAACAAAAAUGACAAAAAUUUUCGAUUACUUCCCGCCAUCGAUACGGAUGACCAUCAGUUUCAUAAAACCAAACAUAUGACUCUUGAAUCGGCAAAGAAUAAUUCGUUAAGUCGAUCGCAUAGUCCAAAUCAUAAUAAUAAUAGACCAGAAUAUGGCCGCAAAAUCAAAGAGAUUCCUGCCUGUAUGUGGCGAUUGCUAACCAAUCCUGUUUACAUGUGUACCUGUUUGGGCUCCUGUAUGGAGUUGGCCAUAGUCAGCGGUUUUCUAGUAUUUUUGCCAAAAUAUUUGGAAACACAGUUUAGUUUAGGCAAAUCCGAGGCUAACCUGUUUGCCGGUGGUAUAGCCAUUCCCGGAGCGUGUGUGGGAAUAUUCUUAGGCGGCUAUGUAUUGAAAAGGUUUCAAAUGAAACCUAAAGGCGCCAUUCAGUUUGUCUUAUUCUUUAACUUAGUCUGUAUGGGUCUAUACACUGCACUGUACUUUCUUGGAUGUGAUAACGUCCGUAUGGCCGGUACUACACUUCCUUACGCUAACAAUUCACGAUUUGAUGCAUUUCAAGUCAAUUUGACCGCCGAAUGCAAUAUGGGCUGCCGGUGCUCGCCUAAUGAAUUAGAGCCGGUAUGCGAUCUACAAAAUAAAAUCAGUUACUAUUCGCCCUGUUUUGCUGGUUGUAAGUCGGCUGAAGGACCACGAAGUACCCAAAACUACAGUAACUGUGCUUGCAUAUCAUUGAACAUGUCCUAUUCAAGCAACCAGGAGGUGACCGCCAUUCCAUUGGCCACGGCUGGUCCCUGUCCUCAACUGUGUCAGGCAAUGAUACCAUUUAUGGUUUUAUUAUUUGUUAUAACAUUAGUCGUUUCAAUAACACAAAUGCCAUUACUAAUGAUUACGUUAAGAUCCGUUGAAGAGGAAGAGCGAUCAUUGGCACUGGGAAUGCAAUUUGUUAUCUUCCGAUUGUUUGGUUACAUACCGUCGCCGAUAAUAUUUGGUAACGUAAUCGACUCGACUUGUAUCGUAUGGAAAGCCCAUUGCGGACAACAGGGAGGCUUCUGUUUGCUCUACAAUAUCGAACAAUUUCGGCUCAGGUAUGUCGGAGUAUGCAGUGGUCUCAAAGUUGCCGCCGGACUCCUAUUUUUUAUGGAUUGGUUGCUAAUAUGUUGGCGACACAAGAAAGAGUUAGACAAACCACAACAGCUAUCGGUCGGAGAAAUUGUUUCUUCCAUUAUAUCCUUAGAUAGACUGUCGGUGUUUGCCUGGAAUACAGAGAUUCGCGAAGACGAAGAACAGCCAUUAGGACCUGAUUCUGAUUAUAACAGCGCUAACGAUAUGGAUGAACAAGAGGAGGAUAAACGUGAUGGCGAUGAAUAUACCUAUUGUUUAUACGAAAACGAUACCAACAAAUAUGGACACUCAAGAGUUUAAUUAUAAUUAUAAUAAUUAUGAUUUUAUUUAAGUUUUUUUUAAAAAUAAUUUUUGUUCAAUUAAGACAAAUAUAUUUUUUUGG